UUGCAUUCCAGAGAGGCUCGUCUUGCAGCAGCAGCAGCACCGCCACCGCCUGCGCUCACACACUCACACACCGCUUCUGCUUCUGCGCUACACGGGGACGAUGAGUGCGGAGCUCGUUUAGACUGGACUCGGCAGUGGCAGCGAUCGGAGACGAGCAGAGACGAUCGGAGACGAGCAGACACCGCAGCACCGCUCCGAGCGACCAGGGAAACACCUACAGCCCCGUCUCUCCCCCGGAACCGAGUUAGCCGCUCCGCUAAGCAGCUAAAAGCGCCAUCGUACCGAGGUCGCUUUGUAGACGCACGGCAGGCGAGUCGCAGACACCAGCGCAGAGGAAAUGAAGGACAAACAAAAGAGAAAGAAGGAGCGGACCUGGGCUGAGGCGGCUCGCAUGGUUUUGGAGAACUUCUCUGAUGCACCCAUGACUCCCAAACAAAUCCUCCAUGUCAUCCAGACCAAGGGACUGAAGGAAAUGAGGAGUGGUACAGCUCCGUUGGCCUGUCUGGUCACCAUGCUGCACUCCCAGGUGAGGGGAGACAGAGUCAAGAACAGCAUCUUCUUCAAACUGCCUGGUCGGAUGAGCCUGUUCACACUGAAGAAGAACGCCCUCCAGUGGACAAAGACAACGUCAGAGUCGGAGACGGCAGCGGAGGCGGCGGGCAGCACAGCCCAGUCGGCGUCUGGCAGCAGCACCACGGUCCCCAUCGGUCCCACCGAGGCCGCGGAGCAGGAGAGCUGUGACUCCACUGAGACCACUGCUGCUGCGAGCGGAGACAACGACGCCUCGGUGGAUGAGAGCUCGUCCAGCGCGUCCUGCUCCGCAGAGCACCAGGCCCCCAGCAACCAGCCUCAGACCCGCCUCAGCCGGGCCGCAGGACAACAGGGUCGCUCGGACCCGCAGCAGGCCCAGCACACGCAACACGCACAAACCAGACUGAGCCGCUCCAGACAGUCAGGGAGGCAGAGGAAGAAAGCCGUCAUGAUGCCUCGUGUCGUCCUCACUCCUCUCAAAGUAAACGGAGAGCACGUCGCCUCAGGGCCCAUGAAGAGGAGCCGAGGAGGAGUGGACGUCGACUUUGAGACACCCGGCUCCAUCCUGGUCAACACCAACAUCAGAGCCCUCAUCAACGUGCGGACCUUCUCUGCCUUUCCCACACACUCACAGCAGCAGCUGCUGCAGCUGCUGCCGGAGGUUGACCGGCAGAUGGGACCUGAUGGAAUGGCCAGACUGAGCAGUUCAGCUCUCAACAAUGAGUUCUUCACCCAUGCCUCCCAGAGCUGGAAGGAAAGGCUGGCUGAGGGUGAGUUCACCCAUGAGAUGCAGGUGCGUUUCCGACAGGAAAUGGAGAAAGAGAAGAAGGUCGAGGUGUGGAAGGAAAAGUUCUUCGAAGAGUACCAUGGGCAAAAGUCUGGCCUGACACGAGAGGAGUCCCUAAAGCUUACCAUGAGCGAAACCAGUGAAGUUCCAGCCAGUGUGCUAGACAGCGAUGUGGCUGUGGCAGCAGCCGGUGCCCCCAAGAGACGCAGUGUGGGUCGGCGAGGGAGAGACGGCAGGAUGAGAAGACGCACACGGGCCGACCUGCGUCGCAGAGCCCGCAGGACCCUCUGCAAGGCCGCUGCUCCUGCCUUGCAACCUGCAGAAGCAACUGAGAGCAGUGCUGCAGUCGACAGCUCAGCCGUCUCCAUUGGCUCUCCCGUGUCUGACAGUACAGUGGUUCAGGGCGAGGUGGUGCUGCAGGCAGAGUGUGGCGUGGAGCUUCCGGCUGAGAGUGCCUCCAUGGAGCCAAAGCCCUCUCCAAGUCCAGUGCCGGCCAUGUUACCAGCUCCCACUCCUACUCCUACUCCUAUUCCUACUCCUACUCCCACUCCUACUCCUACUCCCACUCCCACUCCCACUCCCACUCCCACUCCGACUCCGACUCCGACUCCCACUCCCACUCCCAGCCCUAGCCCCAGCCCUGCUUCCACCAGUCCAAACGAAGAGCCCGAGGUUACAUCCCGUCUACUCCCCGAAGAGGCUGCACCUGCCCUGGCUUCCACCUCCUCUCCUUCUUCCUCCUCCUCAUCUGUCUCAUCUGCCUCUUCACCUGCCUCCUCACCCUCCUCACCUUCAGACAGACCGGGGGCUUUUGCUGCAGGUCUGGACUCUUCUUCAUCCUCCUCGGCAUCCUCCAGUGCCGCAGUUGCAGCAGAUCCCCUGGAUGAUACUGCCUCCGUGGUCACGUCCAUCACAGGGGGUACCACCACCAGCAGCCGUGAGAGCAGCCCCUCAGCCAGCCCAGCCAGCACCCCUGCGCCCAGCGCUCAGCUCAAGGAGCAGAAGAGACGACCAGAGGAGAGUCAGGCCUUCUCCAGCUUCCCCGAAAAGAGGCCGCGGCUUGAGGACCGUCAGUCCUUUCGUACCACAAUUGACGGUGUCCGUUCGGAGAAGCCGCAGCCGACAACAGAAGAGCCCAAAGUGCCGCCUAUCCGGAUUCAACUGUCCAGAAUUAAACCUCCCUGGGUCAAAGGGCACCCCACCUACCAGAUCUGCCCCCGGAUCGUGCCCCCCGGCGAGGGCUCGCGGCGGUCGGGGACGGGGGGCGCACGCACGUUGGCAGACAUCAAAGCCCGGGCCCAGCAAGCCCGGGCCCAGCGGGAGGCCGCUGCUGCUGUUGCAGCCUCUGGCGACGGGGCAGGGACGGUCGGGGUCAGGCUGCGGCCUUCUACUGGGCUACCGGAUAGCAGCAAUGGACGAAGAGCAAGAGAGCAUCCAGGACCUAUCGAGCCCGGAGGAGGAGGAGGAGGAGGAGGAGGAGGAGGAGGAGGAGAUGUUGGGAUGGAAGAGCAGGGAUCGUCUUCGGGAGCUAAUUCGUCUGGAACACAACUACUGCUACUCAGUGUAGAUCCCACACCCCAGCCCUCUCCAUCUUUGUCUACAACCUCUACGUCCAUGUCCCUGGAGCCCCCACAGACACCGAGCCCUCCUCGAGAGGAAGUAGCUGGGGGCCCAGAGGCUGUUGAGGAAAUAGAAGCAACAUCAGCCAGUGUUCAGAGCCCCUCUGACUCGCCCUCUCUAGAGCCUGAUACAGUAUGUGAGUCUUUGGCCUGCCAGGCUACCGGGCGAGGCCAGGUUCCUGAGUCUGCCGCUGCCCCUGCCCCCUCAGAAAGUUCCGACCAAGGUCGGGAAAAACCCUCACUGGCUCCAACCUCAAUCCCAGAUUCCCUUCCUAGGUUUGGGGCUAAAGGUGUGGAUGUUAUUCAGACACUGGCCAGCUCCCGUCAAUCCAAAGACAAGGACCAAGGGAAGGAGGUUGGAAUGGGUGGUGUCAUCCAGCAUGGUUCCCACCACGUGGACCCCAAUGAGCCUCUCUCUCACUCAACUAAAGAGAGACGGCUUACAGACAAAUCCUCUCCCCAGCAUGUGGACUCUUCUGGAGGAGAAAAAGAGGACGAGGCGGGAACACAUAGCGACUCUACAGAAACUGCUUCAGACUGUGAGAAUGAGAGCCAAGAGGAUGAGCAGCAGCCGGACCAGGACUGGUGCCACUCACUGAACACCCAGAGAAACAGCCAAAUGGUCAUCUGCAGCCCUUCUACUCACAACCAGCAGCCGGUCAUCCAGGCCCACAUGUCCAGUCGCCAAGGUCAGACCGUCAUUCAGCCUUGCUUCCCCAACAGUUUGCCUCACCCUCGGCAGAGCCGCCCCCAUUCCCAGGACCACCAGUCUCUCAACAGCAACGUUGUGGUCAAAAUGGAACCUGGAGAUGAUUAUAGAGCUGUCGAAGAGUGUCGUGAAGGCUCAAAGCCCUCUGUCGCGCACCUGACUGCCGCAGCUGCCUCCAGGAGACUGGCCAGCUCAGCCAGAUCAGUGUCCAGUGUGGAGGCCAACAACCCUUUAGUCACUCAGCUGCUGCAGGGUAGCCUGCCCCUGGAGAAAGUUCUACCCUCACACCCUCCCAACAGGCUGGAGAUCAGCCGAUUGCCAGGACCCCAACCCAGGCCACCACUGGCCAGAACCCCAGGACCUCGCAACAGGCCCGAGGCUUCAGAACUGAAUGCAUUCUCACAGAAACACACCAAAUCACCAACAAGCCGUCCAGUCACGUGUCUGAUGGAGGCCCCAGCGGCAUCGCAGUAUCAGUCCCAGCAGGCCCCCGGGGCCGUCCCAGUCAUCACCUCUCUGCCGCCCUCCUCCUCCUCCUCCUCCUCCAGAAGUAAGUCGGAUGUAAGCUCUCAGACUGCUAUGGAGUCUGCAGUAAUCAAAGACUCUCGUGGUUCUCAGCCCUCGCUGGGGGCUGCUCCAGACAGGCCCCAGCCCCCCCACCGGACCACGCCUAAUGGCCCGUCCCCUCCCCAUGCAGACACCUGUCCCACUGAGGUGUUGCCCACUAUUAAGAUCAACUGGCGUCCCCCACAGUCUCAGCUUCACCACCCUCACCAACAGCAGCUUUCUCCUGCAGCUACCAUUAAGAAUGAAGGUGCUGCGCGGCCCUCUUGCCAGGCUCUUGCCAAAUCCUCCCCCAUCAUACCCAUGAGUGUUACCAAAAAGGAGCCUAUGAGCCCUGUGGACAGUUUCCUGAGUGGAGGGGCAAUGGAGGGACUCCUCAAUAUGGAGAUGACUUUAGCCAGGAUGGCAAAAAAGGAGCACGGCAAAGCUUCCUACUCCUCUGGCUCUCCCUGCACCUCUUCCUCUCCCUCACCCUCCUCUGGCUCCUCCCUUCCCUUCCAUCUGUAUGGGAAGCUCCCCAAGCAAGCUGGAGCAGUAAGCUACACAGCCAACGUAUCAGUGAUGGACAAUGGCGGCUUCACCCGGAGCAUGGCGGACGGCAUGCUCCAGCUGCGUCCCCGCUUGACCUCCAGCCAGACCACCCUCAGCAUCCAGGCCUUUACUGACAGUACGACCGAGGAGGUGGCGCUCAAGUGCUCAUGCCGCCUCAAAGCUAUGAUCAUGUGCCAAGGCUGUGGUGCUUUCUGCCACGACGAUUGCAUCGGUCCCUCCAAACUCUGCGUGUCGUGUCUUGUGGUCAGAUAGCAUGUUGAAGUCACUGCUAUCUGUGUACAGUAUCGUUGUACAGAAGCCUGAGUUGGUCAGAGCACACCGCCUUGUAUAAUGACUGCUCUGUAUUUUUGGUUGUUGCAGAAUUUCAGAUUUUUUUUAGUUGAACUGAUAUUAUCAUUAUUAUUAUUAUUAUUGUUAUUGUUGUUAUUAUUAGUAUUAUAAUUAUUAAUAUUGUUAUUGUGAAUUUGGGGCAUGAUUGGUUGUAAAUUGUGCCUUUUUUGUUUUCUCUCCUCAAAAACAUUUACCUCAUCUUAACUUGCUCGACCUGUCAUCAGAUGGUGGCGAUAAUUGUUUUGGUCCCUCGUUUUCUCAGCAAACAAGGACUUAUUGUUGUUUCUUUGAUCAAAGAAGUAUUUUUUUAACCAUUAAAAUGAGUAAAUGAC